CCUCUUCCCCUACAGUUGAGUCUAAUUUCCUGUCUCCUAUACAAGAAACAUGGAAAGUAAGGCAGAGAGGGCAGAAGGAGCAAAGGAGGGUCAUCGUAAAUCAGCAUCAAGCUCCAGGGAAAGCAGCCUGUCAGAGCCCAGUCCGCCACCAGUGGGUGUCAUAGGAAGCAGUACACGAAAUGUGGUGCUCCCAUCAUCCGAACAUCGCCAGUCCAUGCUGGGUUCCUUGGGAAGCAGCACAAGAGGUCUAACAGUCCCUUCCUAUGAGCCCAACUCUUUGCUAACAGUUGCCUCUGGGAGCAGUCAGAGAGAUGUUGGCAUGCCUUCAUCCCAGCGCCACCAGUCAAUAUCAGGGUCCAAGGGGAGCAGCGUGAGGGGUCUUGUGGUGCCUUCCCUCGAGCGCCAACCGUCGCCAAUGCUUGCCAUGGGAAGCAGCACAAGAGGACUAGUUGCACCAGUAACGCCUCCCAUGGGAGCCAGUAUGGACGAGCUGGCAGUCCCAUCAUUGGAACGACCCCUGUCAAUAACAGGAAGCGCUCCAAGAGCUUCGGACAAGGGCUCGGCCACCCCCCGUAAAUCCAUCAUUAGUGACGUGGGAAGUCGCACGGCGGUCAGAAGAACAGAACACCGCAAGUCGAUCAUAAGUUCCAAGGGUUUCCCUGCAAAGGAGUCCGAAGAAGCAAAGGUACCACGCCACCAAUGGCAGCUGACAAGGCCACUUGUCAUGGUUACGGUGCUCACGUGUUUAGGAUCGUCUUUCCAGUAUGGUUAUUACCUCUGGAUUGCCAACCAUCCACCUCCGCUCACUGAAAACUUUUUCAACCACACCUCUGAACUGAAGAAGAGGAUCAGCGUGGACAAAGAGCUCCUCGCCAUGCUGUACAAUUUAAUCAUUGCUGUCUUUUCCUUUGGAGGCAUCAUUGGUUGCAUUUUGUUUAGCUCCAUGGUAGAUAAAUUUGGCAGAAGAGGUAGCUUGCUUUUGAAUAACAUUUUCUCCAUACUCUGUGCCUUCCUCAUGGGUGUUUCCCCUACAGUACAUUCCUUUGAAUAUAGCAUCUUUGUACGCUUGGUCACUGGAAUAUGCACAGGUCUAUUCUCCUGCCUUAUGCCAAUAUACCUGGCAGAGCUGGCUCCCAAAAGCGUGAGGGGUAGUAUCAUGAUGGUGUCCUCCAUCUUUAUCAUUCUCGGACUCCUGACUUCUCAAAUCCUCGGCCUUCCCAAAGUCCUGGGGACCAAGAAAGACUGGCCACUCUUGCUGAGCAUCCCGGGAGGCCUGGCGCUGUUUCAAGUCAUCAUAUUGCCCUUCUUCCCGGAAAGUCCGAGGUAUUUACUAAUUCAGAAAAGGAAGGAAGAGAAAGCGAGGAAAGCUUUGAGGAAGCUGAGAUGCCAGGAAGACGUACAGGAUGAGAUUAAUGAGCUUUAUGAGGAAGACCAGACAGAGAAGGCAGAGAAGGUCAUGAGUGCGAUGAAGCUGGUCUGCAGCCGGGGCCUCCGCUGGCAGAUCAUCUCCAUCAUCGUCUUGAUGAGCGGCCAGGAGCUUUCAGGCAUCAGCGCGGCAUACUAUUUUUCGGAGCGAAUCUACACGACAAUGUUGAUAAAACGAUACGCGACCCGGUAUAUCAGCAUUUUUUCUACCAUUUUGGUCCUUGUUGCCGCGAUGGUUGUGACUUAUGUGAUCGAUACUGUGGGGCGAAGGGUUCUGAUCCUCAUUGGCCUCGGGUUCUGCAGCAUCCUCUGUGUCCUGGUAACCAUGACCCUUGAACUUCAGAACACUAUCUUGUGGAUGUCUUAUGUCAGUUCCUGUUUGAUCUUCCUCUUCCUCAUCGGACACAUCAUUGGGCCAGGUACAAUACCCACUGUGAUAAUAUCGGAAAUCUUCCUCCAGUCCUCCCGGUCCACUGCCUAUGCACUCAGUGGGCUUGUACACUGGCUGCUCAGAUUUAUUGUUGGGAUGGUUUUCAAUCAGAUAGAGGCAAAGAUCGGGUUCUAUAGCUUCCUCCUCUUCUGGCCGUUCUGCUUUGGGACCUUCUUUUAUAUCUUCAAGAUCAUCCCAGAAACCAAGAACAAGAGCUUUGUGGAUAUCCGGAGGCUUAUGUCAGUCCACGUGGCUGUGACCAGGAAGAUACAGGUCCAGAGCGUUGAGCCGAAUGACAAACAGACCAAACAGAAUAAAAAGAAGAAAACCACACACAGCGGUAAGAAGAAGAAGCGGAGAAAAUCGGUCACAGAGAACCCGUGAUAAUGUUGUCCUUUGGCGAUCGCUUGGCUCCGAUGGUGUGGAUGGGUUCCUUGCUUGGUCCUUCCUUCCUUCCCCUGCCAUUCUCCAGUAAGACUUUUAUACAGUUCUUU